AUGACCAGCCCUUGCCAAACUUUUUCCAGAGGCUCCUUCUCGUGCUGGGAGGUGUCAGGGAAGAUGAGCAGAGGAGGAGAAGGGAGUGACUCAGCCCUGGAGCUCCUCGGCCGCUGCAGCCCCACCGAGGUGGCCACCAACAGCUACCUGGGCAAGCUCCAAGGGGAUGGAGGCCACCAGUGCUCUCCCUACUCCUCCUUCUCCGUGGCUGGGAGGUUCCCGGCCCCUAUGCACCUGGACGUGGACACAGAGUUCCAGGCCAUGAGGGAGCAGGAGAAGGAGGACAUUAAACUGCUCAACAACCAGUUUGUCACCCUCAUCGAGAAGGUGCAGAGCUUGGAGCAACAGAACAAAGUGCUGACCACGAGGUGGAACUUCCUGAAGGACCAGGACAAUUCCCACUCGGACUCGGAUAUCAAAGCCAUCUACGACCAGUACAUGAGCAAGAUGAGCCAAGAGAUGAAGACACUCAACUAUGAGCAGGAGAACCUUGAGACAGAGCUCACCAAGGUCCUGAGCACCAUGGACAACUUCAGGAGCAAGUACGAGGACGAGAUUCGUCUCUGCAGCGGAAUGGAGUUCACCUUCAUGGAGCUCAAGAAGGACCUGGAUGUGAGCACCUUGCACCGUACAGAGCUGGAGGUGAAGCUCAAAGGGCUCCAAGAGCUGAUGGAGCUGAAGAAAACCAUCUAUGAGCAGGAACUGGAGGAGCUGCUGACGGAGAUCAAGGACAUCUCGGUGGUGUUGGGCAUCGACAACUCCUGCAGGUUGGACCUCGGGAGGAUCGUGGAGGACGUCAGGGCCCAGUACGAAGCUCUGGCUCUGCGGAGCUGGGAGGAGGCUGAAGCUCUCACCAGGAGGAAGCUGAGCGAGGGCAAUGUCCAGUCAGGCACCUAUGGUGGUCACCUGCUGGACAGUCGCCGGGAGAUCGCUGACCUCAACAUCAGGAUCCAGAAACUCAGGUCCUGCAUCGUGUCCCAGAAGAGCCAGUGCCUGUACCUGGAGGAGAACAUCAAGGAGGCUGGAGAACAUGGGGAGAUGGCCCUCAAGGACGCCAAGGCGAAGCUGGUGGAGCUGGAAGAAGCUCUGCAGAAGUGCAAGGAGGACAUGGCUCACCUGGUGAAGGAGUACCAGGAGCUGAUGAACAUCAAGUUGGCAUUGGACGUGGAGAUCCUGACCUACAGGAAGCUGAUGGAAGGGGAGGAGAACAGCAUGGAGCAGCCCAUUCCCACCAUCAUCAGUGCUGUCCACGCCAGGCCCAAGCCCAUCUCUGCCAGCACCUUGAGGAACUCCAAGCUCUUCGCACGAGGCUCAGGUGAGGUGAAACCGACUCGAGGUGGCCCCAAGUCCUCCAGAAGGUCUAGUGCCACCCUGGGGACACCCAACACUGUCCUCGGUGGUGGGACCAAGCCCAAGCUCAUUUCUGUGCUCCUAGGACCCACAGCAUGA